AUGGAGAUUGCUUGGGCAAACGAAGCCUCUCCCUCUUCCACGCUCUCCUCCAUCACAACACCAUUCAAAUAUGACGUCUUCUUGAAUUUCAGCGGUGUCGAUACCAGCAAAAAAUUUACCAUCCAUCUUUUAGCCGCUUUAGAGAGACAUGGCUUUCAUACAUUCAUAGAUGACAAAGAGCUCAAGCGAGGAGAAUAUAUGGACUAUGAACUUCUGAAAGCAAUUGAUCGAGGAGUCAAGAAUUUCGCUGUAUGUACGAAUUUUGAAGCACAUCUAAUUCGAAAAGCCGUUGAAGAGGUCCAAAAUAAAUUAGAUAUUGUACUUCUACAUGUUGCAUGGCACAAAAUUGGACUAGAAUCUCACCUUCAAAAACUCAAGUUGUUGUUGAAAAUGAAAACAUAUGAUGUUCGCAUUGUUGCAAUAUGCGGGAUGGGUGGAAUUGGUAAGACAACAAUAGCUAAAAAGCUAUAUAAUCUCGUCCAGCAUAAGUUCAAAGGUAGCACUUUUCUUGCAAAUAUUAGAGAAACUUCGAAGCAACCGAAUGGUCUGGUUGUUUUACAAGAGCAACUUCUUUCGGAUAUACUCAGAAGUGGAACUCACAACGUAAGAAAUUUUCACUAUGGAAUUGAGGUUAUAAAACGUAGAGCUUUCUGUCAUAAGUGUAUAUUGGGCUCAAGUAAUAUGGUGGACUCUUUGCCGUUACUCUCAUACAAAUUGGGCCUUCAGCACCGGGGUCGAUGCAUCGGACGAACUCCCAACAUUGAUGAUGUGGAUGAUGUCCAACAAUUGAAAGCAUUAGCCAUAGAUCGAGAUUCCUUUAGUUUUGGAAGUAGGAUUAUAGAUACUCUGUGUAACCUUACCUGCUUGAGGACGUUGGAUUUGUAUGACUGCAAUGUGUCACGUCUGCUGGAUGGAAUUGGGAAAUUGGUUUCAUUAGUGUAUUUGAAUCUUGCGCAAAAUGGUUUACGUACCCUGUCGGACAGUCUGUGCAACCUUACUAGCUUGGAGUUUUUGUAUUCGAAUGACUGCAAUGUGACUCAUCUGCCAAGCGAAAUUGGGAAGUUGAUCUCAUUGGAAACUUUGGAUCUUGGAGGAACCAUAUGCCUUGCCGGAUAG